AGUAAUGAAGCUGCUGAUCUUAACAAUUUACAAACGAGUUCGCUUGAGGAGCGAGCGCAUGUGACGUCAUUGCCGUCAAUCGCCGAAGGGUUAACGGCGCAGGCGAUGAAACCCGAUGCGAAGUCGUCGACCGCAGCUCAGGAUGCCACGUUCAUUUCAUGCACGACUCCUUCAACAAAGAGGCUGCACGCGCAACGAGGGGCAAAGCAACAACACAAGUGCUUUGGCGCCAUCUGGUGGCAUCUUGGUGCUGAAAUUUUGUCCAUUGGCGGCAGGGCCCAGGCUCACCGGCCCGUCGUCCGUGACGCGAGAUGCCGUCGACGUCGUCGGUGCUGUUGCUACUGGUCCUGGCGUCUGCGGACGCUGACUCGUGCGAGGGGGGCCGCCGCUCGUGUUCCGGCACCGGAGACCCGCGACCGUGCACCGGUGACCACUGUCCCGCGGGCGGGUCGUCCAGACCGCCGCGUCACCCUCAGACCGGCAGCCCGGAUCACGCCCCCUCCUUGGGGAGUCCCCGGCCGAGAAGCGCGGCGGCCGUUGCCCCGCCGUGCCGCGACACCGACUGCGUGAGGGCGCCCGUGACCGGCAACCAGACGCGGGACUGCAAAGGGUUGGAGUGUCGGCUCCCGCUGCGGAUCAUCAGACCCCGAGGGCGGUCCAGGGACGCGGUGGAGAGCUCGCCGCCGCCCCCCCCGGUCCAUCUGGCCGAUAGAGCCGCGCAGUUACUGGGAGACUUCCCCGAGUCUUCAGAACUCGGUGAUGCGCCUCUGGGUGUCCAGCUCACCUGUGACGUCAAACCAGGAGAAAAUGAGGUCCCCUCAGAGGACGCCCUCAUCCUCCACCUCCAGCUGGCUAAGGGUCAGGAGAAGUUGGUGGAGGCUCUGCAGGCGCAGCAGAUCCUCAUCGGCGAGUUGCAGCAGAAGCUGGCUGACCAGCAGGUGGUGCUCCUGUCGCAGCAGCGCGACAUCCUGACGCAGCAGCGCGGCAUGUACGAGCAGAUGGAAGCAGUCGAGGCCCACUACGGCCUCCUGGCCGACGUGCUCAAGCGGGCGUCUUUCCAAGACCUGCGGGGGGAGCUGCAGAGCUACUUCCGUACCCACCUCGCGGGCCUCCAGAGUCAGGCCCGCAGCCACCUGCACAACGCCGUCCACAAGGUGGACACGGACGCCAAGGUGACGGAGGCGGCGGGCGCGGCUCUUUUCCCGCAGCAGCUGUCGGGGUGCCCCUCUGCCUGCCAGCCGGACCACUACUGCGACUUCCGGAGUGAUCCGCCGCAGUGCCACAAGUGCACCGUGUGUCCGCCGGGAUUCUUCCUCAUAUUGCAGUGCUCGCCCACCACGGACACCGUGUGCCAGGACAGAGAUGAAUGCCUCGAAGUAGCAAACGUCUGCGGCGUGCGAGUCAAAUGUCUGAACACUCCAGGAGGCUUCCGGUGUCUGGGAGCAUCCCUAAGAGAAGCGGAGACGGGCUUGUGCGGCCACGACUACUUCUUCAACCAAGAGAUUCAGGAGUGUCAGGCCUGCUCCGACUGCGACGGUGACCCUGUCGUCGUCCCCUGCACCACUGUCGCCGACUCCGUCUGCGACUCGCCCUCUGGGGCGCGUCUCUCCCAGUCCUGGAGCGCCAGCGUCACCGUUCCCUCAGCCCGGAAGUCUGGAGGCCACAUCUUUGCCGGGCUUCAGCUGAGCGUGCGCAGCAAGGAGCGUAGCAAUCUUCUGUCCAGCGAGGGUGGCCCGGUGACGUUCGUGCAGCACGGGCUGCUGUGGCUGGACUACAAUGUGGCCAUCGAGCACAGCUGCAGGAACUUCCUCCAGGUGGGCUUGAGGUUCAACGCCAGCCAGCAGGAGGAAAGUCAGGAGCUCAGUGGAGUACGCGUGGAGCAGCCUGACGGGAAGUACUUCCAGGCCGUGAGCGUCAGUGGCGGGGUAGAGGUGGAGCCUAACGACACCGUGAGUCUUCUCCUUAGGAGCCCCAACCAGCACUGCAACCAGAGCAAGGACCUCCACGUCUACGACAUUGCCACGCCUACCUUGAGCCUGCUGUGGUUGUCGCAUGACACGGGCGCCGUGGCCAUGACUGCCGAAAUGUCCCUGCUGGUACACUACCAGUCCAGCUACCGCCCGACGUUCCGUGUGACGUCGGUGUCCGACCCUUACGUGAUCGGCUUGACGCAUGACAACCGUGGCGUGCGAUUCACGGAGAAUGGUGUGGUCAAGUUCAACCUCCAACAGGCGCUCUACGCUAUGGGGCACACUUGCGUCCGUGAGGGCUUCUUCCUGAUCGCCUACACCAGCCACAAUGGCACGGGCCAGGAGGCCACAAGGGCCUUCAAGACGGGCGUCAACUACAGGGACACCUCUGUGACGCUGGCGGGAUCCGUGGCCGUGGGCGGCGGCGACACGCUCAGCUUCGAGAUCACGUCGCCAUCACAGUGCAACGUUCGUUAUUUCGGAGACGGCACCGGCAUCAGCACUCUCAGCCUGAUCUGGAUCCCCUCGGCCGUCUCGUCCACGUUGACCGCCACCGUGGCCGAGGUGGGCCUCCCACUCGGUGCGGUCCGCAACAAGCUGCUCGCCUUCCAGCAGAUCUCUCCGGACUCGCAGCAGGUCCGCCUGGCUCGCUCGGGAGAGCCAAACAGCCGCAAUAACUUUGUGUUCCUGGAAGAGGGCACUGCCAACAUCGCCCUGAACCUGAGGCUCAUCCACUCGUGUAACGUUGUUAAGGUGACUCUCCAGCGGGCCGGCGGUCCGGGUGGGCCGGCCACUCCCGUGGCUCAGCAGGUUUCCGGACACAUGCCACAGGGCAGCCAGUGGGCCAGCGUGGGCCUGAGAGCCUCCUUCCGAGUCCACAAUGGCACCGCCGUCUAUGUCACCCUGGACUGCAUCCGCGGACGCAUCAACCAGAUCUCGCACGUGGGCGGCAGCAAUAUCUCCAUUCUUUGGGUCGCCACGUGAGCUCAGAGACACUUAAUUAUUUUCCCCACAAAGUUGGCUUACAAGUCUGACGAGGAUGUUAUACUGUAUGUCAGUGUAGAAUGUCAGUUAUUAAGGUCCAAGUAAUGCGCAAGAGUUAAAGGGACGCAACGGGACUCUUGUUGUUUGUUCACCUUUAAUCGAAGAGGGUUCUUUAGUUCUCUUUUAACCUCGUCAUGUCUCCAAAGGAACUCCACGCCUGAGAUUUGUAGACUCAGUUGAUUCAGCUUAAAUCAAUCCCUUCCCAGCUGUCCCCACUCACCACAGGUGGUCCCCAGGGCUCUGUCUUGGGGCCCCUACUCUUCAUCACAUACUUCUAUCUAUUGGGCGGCUACAGCUCAGUUGGUAGAGCAGGCUCGUCCACUGACCAGAGGGUCGGCGGUUUGAAUCUUGGCUCUGAUUGUCCUCUGUAGAAGUGUCCGUGGACAAGACACUGCAUUAUAAAUGAGAAACUGUUCUCAAUCGCCUGACACUGUUAAACAAAGGAAAAUAACAGUUAUCCCAAUCAGCAAUAUCUUCCGCAAAUAUAACAUCCAAUUUCACUGCUAUGCGGAUGACACCCAGCUCUGACUCUCCAGCAAACCCAAAUCUUCUCCCCGCCCCUCUGGUUUCAUGCAAACGUUCUCAAAAUUAACUGCGACAAAACUGAAUCGUGUCUAAAUCCACACUUGCCAAGAUGAACAGUUUCCCUCUGAGCAAUUGUAGCUUUUUCCCUCUGCUUAGGUUAAGAGUCUGGGUGUCCUCGUCGACAACACUGCUGGGUACCAUCCAUCCAUUUACUGAGCCGCUUCUCCUCAAUAGGGGCGCGGGUAUGCCGGAGCCUAUCCCAGCUAUCAUCGGGGCAGGAGACGGGGUACACCCGGAACCGGUUGCCAGCCAGUCGCAGCGCACACACAAACAAACAACCAUUCACACUCAUAUUCACACCUACGGGCAAUUCAGAGUCAUCAAUUAACCUACCACACAUGUUUUUGAGAUGUGGGAGGAAACCGGAGUGCCCGGAGAAAACCCACGCAGGCACGGGGAGAACAUGCAAACUCCACACAGGCGGGGCCCGGGGAUUGAACCCGGUCCUCAGAACUGUGAGGCAGACGCUCAAACCCGUCGCCAACCGUGCCGCCCCGCUGGCUACCGCCAAAACAUAAUAAUAUUAUUUCAAACUGAAGGAGCCUUUUGGAUUACAGGUGAAAGGUUUUCAACAAACAAUAGUCCAGUUGCCUCCAUUCAACGUUUGCGGAUGAUGUCAUGUUGUAGUUUUUUUUUGUGUUACUGUGAAGUACUGCUUUUACUCGGCGAACUUCGGCUGGUUGAGCAGUGACCAAAUUGUUUUCUGGAGUGCAUGUUGGUGUGUUUGUGUGUGUGAGUGUUUUUGUCCGUGUGUGUGUGUGUGUGUGUGUGUUUUGCAAGGUAUGGAAUAAUGCAAGUGUUGUACAUGUAUUGAUUAAUGAUCUAUGUUUGUUUGCUCAUUUUAAAAGGUCAUUCUUACUUAUACGCAUAUGAUUAUACUUUCAUUCCAGCACAUAUUAAACAGAAUGUAUUUGUGUGGUACAAAGUAAAAGGUGCUUUAAAUAAUGCCAUAAAGACAAUUUAUAUUCAUGGAAUGUAGUAAACAUUUUAAAAACAGGUUUUGUCAUUUCAUUGUUUUGUUUUUGUUUGUUAACAUAGUAAACAAAACUUAAGGGCUGUGUCAAGAAAGUAUUCAAUGUUUUUUCCCCCAUCAUUUGUCUUAAUUUUCGCAGUUAAUAUUGCAUGGAUUUUAUAAAAAUUCAUGCAUAUAAAAGAGGUGUGUAUCAAUGAACAAUUCAGUCUUGUUUGACCUUGACGGAGGUCUGCGCUCUACCAAGAGCCUUUCUAGUUCCUCCUUUUUGUACGUGUUCAUAUUUAUACUUUGUGCUGUUGAACGAAGCAUUAAGGGAAUAUGGAAAUACGCU